ACCCCUCACGGCAGAGUUGGUCUCGCCCGAGUUCCCUAGGCAUCAAACGCACAUGUUUUCACGUCGGGUGUGUUGUGUUAAGGAUUGUUCAGGCGUUAACGGCUUUUCUGAAAUAUCUGUUCGUUGUCACCCUUCUGUUUGCUCUCCGGAGACCACAGUUACAAACAGUGAAGCACCACAGUCAAUGAGAAAUACUUUCAAAUCAGCGUCUGUCGAAAACACUAGAGCCGAGGAGGCAGACUCGUCCCGGCGUGGCUGCAUGCUGCCGCUGACUUCACCAGACUAGAGGCUUUGAGACUUGAGGAACGACACCAUGAGCUCCAAGGUGUGUAAAAACUGUGGCAGUUCGGACAUUGAUGUUGACCAUGCACGUGGCGAUGCAGUAUGCAUGGGCUGCGGCUCUGUGCUGGAGGACAACAUCAUUGUGUCUGAAGUGGAGUUUGUGGAGACGGGAGGUGGAGGGUCACUGGCUGUUGGACAGUUUGUCUCUGCAGAAGAUGGAGCCAGACAUCCAUCCUUUGGUGACGGGCACUUCUCAGGAAUGGGCAAGGCAUCCCGAGCUCAGACGCUGCAGAGAGGCAGCCAAACUGCUGUACGAAGCUCGAGACCAGUGAGGACCAGAACUGAAGCUCCAGGCAGCACACACCCAAGUGUUUUGCACCCAUCUCAGUCGGGUUUGGUAUCCUUUAGAUAUUAUUAACGCCACUUCCUCUUCUGCUUAUCUGUCCGAUUCCUCAUUGGUUCUUGAUACCAGUUCUAUUCAUGGUAAUUUUUGCAAAUGUUUGUAUGAAAAAUGACUUUUAUUACCUCUAUAACCUUGGGCAGCACGGUGGCACGGUGGUUAGCACUGUUGCCGCACAGCAAGAAGGUCCUGAGUUCAAUUCCACCAUCAGGCCGGGGUCUUUCUGUGUGGAGUUUGCAUGUUCUCCCCGUGUUUGCGUGGG